GCUUCAGGUCCUCAGAUCAUCCCAUAAAGGAAGGAGAAAGUAAACAAAUGGCUCUCAGAGGUGCUGUCACCCGUCUGCUCACCAACAGCCAAAAAUGUGCUGCUGUUACUGCGUCCAGAGCCCAGGGCACAGCUGCUACUGCUGUCAAAGAUGCUGAAGAAAUCAAAAAGCCUGCAAAGGAACCCAAGGUCCUGUUCAACUGGCGGGACGCGCUGAAUCUGGAGGGUCAGCUGACGGAGGAGGAGAUCAUGAUCCGGGACUCCUUCCGCGACUACUGCCAGGAAAAACUCAUGCCCCGCGUCCUCAUGGCCAACAGACAUGAACAUUUCCACCGUGAGAUAGUCUCAGAGAUGGGAGAUUUGGGCGUCUUAGGCCCAACUAUUAAAGGGUACGGCUGUGCAGGCACUAGUUAUGUGGCGUACGGCUUGAUUGCCAGAGAGGUUGAGAGAGUGGACAGCGGGUAUCGGUCCGUCAUGAGUGUCCAGUCCUCACUGGUCAUGCAUCCUAUCAAUGCUUAUGGCACCGAGGCCCAGAGGGAGAAGUACCUGCCCCGGCUCGCUCGUGGAGAAAUCCUGGGCUGCUUUGGCCUGACGGAGCCCAACCAUGGCAGUGACCCCAGCAGCAUGGAGACCAAGGCCAAAUACAACCCAUCAAGUGGUACCUUCUCCAUCAGUGGAGCCAAGACCUGGAUCACUAAUUCCCCCGUGGCAGACAUUGCAGUGGUGUGGGCCAAGUGUGAAGAUGGCAAAGUGCGGGGUUUCAUCCUGGAGCGUGGAAUGAAGGGUUUUGCCACCCCCAAAAUUGAGGGCAAGUUCUCGCUGAGGGCAUCCGCCACUGGCAUGAUCCUGAUGGAUGAGGUGGAGGUUCCCCAGGAGAACCUGCUGCCCAACGUCUCUGGUCUAGCUGGUCCUUUUGGCUGUCUGAACAACGCCCGGUACGGCAUUGCAUGGGGAGCUCUGGGAGCUGCUGAAUUCUGCUUCCACGCUGCCCGACAGUACACUCUGGACAGAAUCCAGUUCGGGGUGCCACUGGCCAGGAACCAGCUGAUGCAGAAGAAAAUGGCUGACAUGCUGACAGAGAUCACCCUUGGGCUGCAGUCGUGUCUUACCUUGGGAAGACUUAUUGAUGAGAAGAAAGCAGCACCAGAUAUGAUCUCCAUGCUAAAGAGGAAUAGCUGUGGAAAGGCUCUGGAUAUUGCCAGACAGGCCAGAGACAUGCUGGGAGGAAAUGGCAUCUCAGAUGAGUACCAUAUAAUCCGUCACGUCAUGAAUCUGGAGGCCGUCAACACAUAUGAGGGAACUCAUGACAUUCAUGCCUUGAUCCUGGGCAGAGCCAUCACCGGACUGCAGUCUUUCACUGUUGGAAAGUAAACAUUAAAUUGGACUUGAUUAGUGCUGUGCUAUCUGUUUCUCAUUUGGCAAACUCGGAUGUGUAGAAACAUGAAGUGCACUUAAGCUACCUCAUUAUGAGCUUUGCCUGGUGGGCAAAAAUAAAUAUACGUCUUUACAUUCAUAUAUCUUUUCACUCGUGAUUGGAGCCCUCUAUCACUGCCUCUGUUUGGCAUCUUUGGUGAAUAUGUGAGGUCAACAUAACUAAGCAUUGGGUCCUAUUAUGGUGACAUUUGUUAAGUUAAGAUAAGGGUACUAACUAAGCAUGGUGCAUGUAAAAGUUGUGACAUUUUGAGUCAUUUAUUUUGUGAUAAAUGGAUAUGUAUAUAAAUGGAUGAGAAAGAUGCAGUGUGAGUGAGUGAAGUUGAGAUUCAGUAUAGAAAGAUACAUUAUAAGAAACCUGCCCAAUUUAAAUGAAAUGAUCUUCUGUUGCCAUUUUACAUUAUUAUGUAAGUUACUGUAGGUCCGAAGUGCCUUGUCAUCUGUGCUGACGAAUUUCAGUGUAAAAUGUUAACACCUGAGAGCCGAUAAUGGGUAUUUUUGUUCUUGUUAGUUUUAAUAAUUGAAUCAACAGAUACUGAAAUUGUACAUAUAUAAAACAUGUUUUCAGUUUUUGUUUUGUAUUCUUUGACUGCAAUCAUGAGCUGUGAACUGAACUACUGUCCUAAGAAC